CUCAAAUUCUCCGGUCUGAUUUUCCACUUGUUUUCUGGUGAUCCUUUUUUAUUGCCGCGUUUUUUUUUGUAGAGAGAGAAAGUGAGUGAGUUUGCAGGUGACGUAACUCUUUUUUUAUUGCGUUGCUCUGCAACUGCAUAGCCUCUUCAUUGCACAAAGCGCACACAGGUCAUCGGAUCGCCUUUUUAUUACUCUACACAUUCAUGAGAGAGAGAAAUCAAAAUAAGCAGAAAGCUCAGAAACCCACUUGCUGAGAGUACAGGAGAGAAGGUCUUUCAUAGAGAUGGGGUGUUGUGAAUCUACGUUGAAGGAGACGCACCCAGAUCAAGAUCAGCAUCAGGAGCUUGCGACUGCUUCGGAUAAGGAGGCGUUGGAAGUGGGGAACGUGCCUGCGUUCUCUGAGUUGUCCCUUGAGGAUUUGAGGGCGGCUACUCAGAAUUUCAACUCAGAGCUCAUUGUUUCAGAGAGCGGAGACAAGGCUCCCAAUGUGGUUUACAAGGGCAGGCUUCACAACAAGCAGUGGAUCGCGGUCAAGAAGUUCUCUAAGAUGGCCUGGCCUGAUCCCAAGCAAUUCGCGGAGGAGGCCUGGGGGGUUGGGAAAUUGAGGCACAGAAGGGUAGCGAAUUUGAUCGGGUACUGCUGCGAUAGUGAUGAAAGGCUCUUGGUUGCAGAGUACAUGCCCAACGAUACACUUGCCAAGCAUCUCUUUCACUGGGAAAAUCAAACGAUGGAAUGGGCGAUGCGUCUACGAGUUGCCCUCUAUAUUGCUGAAGCAUUAGAGUACUGCAGCAGUGAAGGCCGGCCAAUAUAUCAUGACUUGAAUGCCUAUAGAGUUCUCUUUGAUAAGGAUGGUGAUCCUAGACUUUCCUGUUUUGGUCUUAUGAAAAAUAGCAGAGAUGGAAAAAGUUACAGCACAAAUCUUGCUUAUACACCGCCAGAGUUUUUGCGAACUGGAAGGGUUACUCCUGAAAGCGUAAUAUACAGUUAUGGAACUGUUGUCUUGGAUCUUCUUAGUGGGAAACACAUUCCUCCCAGCCAAGCUCUUGACGUGAUAAGGGGCAAAAACAUCCUGCUCUUAAUGGAUUCACACUUGGAGGGAAACUUCUCACCUGAAGAGGGAACUGAGGUUGUCCGCCUGGCUUCCCGUUGCCUUCAAUAUGAACCAAGAGAGCGACCUAAUCCAAAGAGUCUUGUUGCAGCACUGGCACCUUUACAGACCAAAACAGAUGUACCUUCGUAUCUGAUGAUGGGCUUCCCAAAGCAUGAAGAAGCACCCCCCACUCCACCGCGUCAGCUUUCUCCAUUGGGAGAGGCCUGCUCAAGGAUGGAUCUCACAGCCAUACACCAGAUCUUGGUCAUGACUCACUACAAGGAUGAUGAAGGAACAAAUGAGCUAUCUUUCCAAGAGUGGACCCAGCAGAUGAGAGAUAUGCUUGAGGCCAGGAAGCGUGGGGAUUAUGCAUUCCGUGACAAGGAUUUCAAGACAGCCAUUGACUGCUACAGUCAGUUUAUAGAUGUCGGGACAAUGGUAUCACCAACGGUGUAUGCAAGGCGGAGCCUGUCCUAUCUUCUUUGCGAUCAACCUGAUGCUGCGUUGAGGGAUGCAAUGCAAGCGCAGUGUGUUAACCCCGAAUGGCCAACUGCUUUCUACAUGCAAGCAGUUGCACUCGCAAAACUGGACAUGCAUACAGAUGCUGCAGAUAUGUUGAACGAAGCUGCUGCCCUUGAAGAUAAGAGGCAAAAAGGAGGGAGAGCUCCAUAAUAAUCUAUUUAAUCAAUCAAGUAGAAGCAUUUGUAAAAAGCCUGCCAUGAAUUCAUGUGGUUAUGCACACACUUGGCUAGCAGGACCAUGAUCAAUUAAUUAAGAUGAGAAUGAAUGUAUCAUGUCCAAGGGCUGAGAUUCGUGGUCUGGAGCAAAACUGUAAAAAGUUAAGAGAACUUACCUUUUUGGCCUAACAAUUAAUGCAUAUGCCUUUCCAUUAAA